UCAAAAUUAGGACAAAAUUGUACUGCCUUUUAAUCAAGAUCCAAAUACACCCUUUAUAUAAUGACCAAGUGAGUUUUGAACAGUUUGAGAUAUUCAAUCCCUUGGCUAUGGCAGACACUACUGAAGAAAAGUCUAAUGGAGAAUUUCUUGGCAAAAUUGAUGAUGGUGAAACUAUUGAUUCAACAAAUUUCAAGAAACCAUCAAAAGGGAUGAAUCAAGAAGAAGGGGUUACUCUUCUUGAUAUUUUCAAUCGCUUUGUGUCAGCAAUUUUCUCUUCUUCUAAUAAUAAUAAUAAUGGUCAAUUUAUUCAGAGGAUUAAAGGGUUUGUUUCUGAAAAUGUUCCUUUGCUUCAUCAAGCUUCAAAAAAUACUGCUCAUAAUGUUUACACUUGGACUCGCAAAGGAAGCCCUCUACGUGCCCUUCUUGUUGUUUCCGUGGGGACGAUUGCUCUUCUUGCUUUGACAGGAUUGCUGGUUUUUAUGGUUUUCUUUAUCGCGGCAACUGUCAAUGCCAUUGUGAUCUCUCUUCUCAUGUCGUUAGUGGCUGCAGGAGGAUUCUUGGCUCUUUUCUUUGGUUGCCUAACUGCAAUUUAUAUUGGGGCUCUAUCAGUUACUGUAUUUGUCAUUUCCACUAUGACAAUUACAGCAAUUUUCGCUGUGAUUGUGGCUACAGGUUGGAUUGGGUUCUUCUGGACUAUAUGGCUAGCAACAAAGAAAAGUGCAAGUCUUGCCAAACGCUCUUUGAACGCGACAGGAUCAGCACUAUCCGCUUACUCUUCCACCAGACAUUUGCGACACAACCAUAACGCAUGAUGAAUCAUGCUUACAAUCAAGAAAAGGAGGCAGCCAUUUCUAUGAAUAAGUCUUGAAUGGUGAAUAGUACCAACUACCAAUAUAUAUUUAUGCUUUUGUGCUUUAACACCUUUCGUGAUGAUAAUAUAUAUGGUGGGUAUUUAAGCUCGUCGUGCAUUAAGGUCCAUAUGCGCGGAGACUAGUGAGAGCUUGGUUAUAUUGAGCCUUUUGUUAUGGUUGGAAACUGGCCUGUAAAUUGUUCAUUAGAAUUUGAUGAUGUUGCCAGUUGGUAAGUAUUGGUAGAAUAUGUUUUGAAAUCUUGAAUAUGUUGAAUGAGAAUGUAAUAUUUUGUUAAAUUUGUGUAAUGAAAGUUGAUAUUAUAUUUCUUUUCCAAAUAGAAUGAUCUUAUUUUUUGUU